GGCUCGCCGCCCCCGGCCGAGCUCGCACUAUAAAUAGAGGUCAAUCGGGCCUGUGCACUUCGUACUUGCAACAGCAACGCCACCAACAAAGCCCCGAGCUCUCACUACUCCAGCGUACUCGUCGAUCACCGGCCGGCUUCUCUUACUGCUCGCAGAGGGCUCGCCGGGCGGCAGAGUUCAGGGGAGCUUGCAGCGGAGGCGCCACCAUGAGCUACGGGGGAAGCUCGUCUGGCGGGCGCGGCGGGCGCCGGCUGGAGUACGGCAGGACCUACGUGGUGAGGCCCAAGGGGAGGCACCAGGCCACCAUUGUGUGGCUCCAUGGCCUCGGCGACAAUGGCGCAAGCUGGUCCCAGCUCCUGGAUUCUCUUCCACUGCCCAAUAUCAAAUGGAUUUGCCCUACUGCACCAACAAGGCCUGUUGCGGCUUUCGGUGGAUUCCCUUGCACUGCAUGGUUUGAUGUGGAGGAGACUUCAUUGGAUGGCCGUGAUGAUAUCGAAGGACUUGAUGCUUCAGCAGCUCAUGUUGCAAACUUACUGUCCUCUGAGCCAUCCGAUGUGAGGCUUGGGAUCGGAGGAUUCAGCAUGGGUGCUGCCGCUGCCCUUCACUCUGCUGCAUGCUAUGCUCAUGGGAGAUUCACAAAUGGCAUUGCCUAUCCGAUCACCCUCAGUGUUGUCGUCGGUUUAAGUGGCUGGCUUCCUUGCUCUAGGACCCUGAGGAGCAAGAUUGAGAGCUCACAGACUGCACUUAGAAGAGCUUCUGCCUUGCCAAUCCUGCUCAACCAUGGAAGAGCCGAUGAGGUUGUCACCUACAGGAACGGUGAGAGGUCGGCUGAGAUUCUGCGAUCCUCAGGGUUCCAAUAUACGUAUUUCAAAGCAUACAAUGGACUUGGUCACUAUACCAUCCCUGAAGAAAUGGACGAUGUCAGCAAGUGGCUCAGCUCAAGGUUGGGGCUUGACCGACCUCGCGGCUAACCCGAAAACAUGCUGGCAGUGCGAUGGCUUUGAUAGGGAGAUAUAGAAAGAAAGUAUUGACAAUAUGCAGAAGGUUGAUAGGUUAUGUGAAUUGUGAGUUGUGACUAUCAUGGCUUGGUAGGCAGUAACCCCAUGUGCUUUCCUCACAGAUACAUAUCAUGUUAGUUUACCAGUAAUGUACCUUGUUACCACUAAAGAGGAUGCCCGUAAUGUAGUAUUGUAUUGCUUGUUUGAUUACAUUAGUAGUAAUGCUCUUGAGUCUCCUUUAAUACAGUUGGCUCCAGAUCAGUUUACUCCA